CUUCAUUUUGCAGCCACAGCGGAAAAUAAAUAAUGAAAAACAAUGUCAAGGAUAAGGACAGCAGUGUCUCCAGAGUAAGGGACUGAUCAUGGCCUCUCGGUGGAGAGAAGCUCCUCGCUGCCGCUCCGAGGAGCCUGCAGUCAGCCUGGAAGCAGCUGAGGCGCCCCGGCGACAGGAACCGUCUGAAGACACCGGGGAGCCGCUGCAGGAGCUUCCCAAAUGGAUGCGGCUCUACCUCUACGGCAUGCACGGAGUGACUCUGGAUGUGCUGUUCUCCUCUCUGCAGGGGAUUUUAACCAGUCGGGACUUUAAGCUGGUGGGCUUCUCGUCUCCGUAUCUGUGCGUCAUGCACGCGCUGACCCACUUUGCGCUUGAGAAGAUCUACUCCCAGAAGAAGAGCUUCCAAGGUCGGCCUGUGGUGUUCCACCUGGUCUUCUACCCAUCUGUCUUCAUCGGGCUGCAGCUCCUCAUAGGGAACAUCAGCACUCUGACCGAGCAGGUGCGAGUGGUGUCAGGGACGCAGCUGGUGGUCCACUACAUCCUGGCUCUGUAUUUCUCCCAGGUGUUUCAUAAAGGUCUGUCCAACCUGCAUUACAGACCCUCCUCCAGCUGCGCGGAUCUCUGCAGGAGCCUCGGUGGUCCGGGUGCGCCUCCUUCGCGCGCCCUCCCUGGGUUCGUGCGCUUCUUGUUUUUUGGCAUGCAUGGUUUUCUGGAUGAGGUUCUCUUCACGUCUCUGUUCAACCUGGUGGAGAAAACCGACGGGACCCUGGGGGGGCACACGUCCCUGUGGUCUUUCCUGAUGUACGGCAGCUGCAGCUUUGUGGUGGAGAAACUCUACUUCCACCUGCACUUCGGCCGAGGAUGGGGGACCUGGCGGCGCCUGCCCAUCUAUGUCUGCUUCAUCUACACCUGGGAGUUCUGCUGUGGGCUGCUCCUCAGGCAGUUUGACGCCUGCUCCUGGGAUUACUCCCACUACCCGCACAAUUUCAUGGGACUCAUUACUAUCCUGUACCUGCCAGGCUGGGUGAUCCUGAGUUUGUACCAGGACGUGUUGACCAACGUGCUGUUGAGAAUAAGGUGCACCAAAGAUCUAGACUGUGAGAGUGGGGGAAAUGGAGAGGUCAAUGGGCAAGCUAAGAAAAAAUGAUUUAAUCUGACCCCUCACACAUAUGCCUCACUAUUGAAAUGAAUUAUGAUAAUUCAGGUUCAUCUCAGCAACUUGGAAUAUCAUCAAAAAGUUUAUAUACUUCUCUCUUCCUAAUUAAAAGAAUUAGAUUGAUUACCAGAAGGAUAAUCUUAAACCUGAAAUGUUGGGAAUCAUGACCUUGUCUUCCAAAUACAAAAAUUUGUAAGACAAUGAAACCACUUGUUUUUUUGUUUUUGUUUUUUGCAAA